CUGAUAGCUACUACUCAGCAUGUACAAAGCCAAAAUCUUGCAAAAAAUCAAAUCGGUGGCAGAAGCCCAUAAGAAUAAAGUCAAAGAUGAGUCCUUCCGUAAGUAACACAUGAGCGCGCUGCCACAAAUAGGUUAUAGUGGUAAUCCUCAAUUCAUCAUCGAGUGCAAGGAUUGCAAAACACGCGGACAUUUCAACAAGGCAUACCAUGAAUGCAAGUUUUACAAAGCAGUUUCUGCGGCUGAUGUUGGAAGUAGCGGUAAGAAACGUAAGCAAUCAGCUACAAUCAAGGAAGAAAAGAAGCAAGCAAAGAGAAAGAAGAAGCAAACAACUGGAGAUAUCAAGUGUAUCAGUUGUGGCUUAAAGGGUCAUUCUACUUCUCGUUCUCUCGAAUGCCCCAAUCACAUUGCUUCAAAGGAAGAAGUUAUCACCUCGACGCUUGGAGAAGGCUCCACUGUAUUCACGAGGAAGCUCCCUCUUACGUCUGCUGUAAAGCCAGCGUUUCGCGAACAAUUCCAAGAAAAAGUCAUCUCUUGCUGCUCUGACAUAAGGAGAAUAGUAUUCUCUAGUCAAUUAUUCGUUAACUCGUACCUCAUUCAUUAUCAGGAGAAUAGAAGGAAUGCUAACAAAGGCGACAAGAAAGACACUGAUAAAAACAGCAACAAAGGCAGUAAAGAAGCCAACAAAGAAGACAGCAAGAAAGACAGUAAAGAAGCCAACAAAGACAGGUCUAUUCCUGAUGUAUUCUGCCAGCAAUUCUGGUAUUCAGUAGGUCAGCUUAUAACGGGCAAGCAAGUUACUCACAAAACGGCAUUAUCCGAGGACAUAAAACAGUAUUAUACAGACUUCAAGGCAAAGUUCCCUACUAUCGAAAAUAUCAAACGCACUGAUGUACAAAGAAUUGUACAGCUGUAUUGUUACCAAUCUGUCUGUCAUGGUCAUCCUCAUUGGCCAGAAAACCUCGAGCUGGCGGCUGUUGACAAAAACCGAAUUGAAUUACUCUGCAAACAAUUUGAAGAGUUCAUUCCAGGAGAAGUAACCCUCGUUUCUCUUUCUGCUGCUCCUGCAAAGUUUGUUAAUGCGUUAUGGAACAUACAGUUUACGUACGAGCAAGAACAUAUACAGCAUAAACCGUACGAUGUCCGUGUCCUACCACUUCCUCAGCGUUUCUUUCUCUUUCCUACUCCAUCGCUGAAAUGGCGUUUCAUCGCGAUAAGUUUAAAUGCUCUUACACCCUUCAUGUUUCCCGGAAAAGUUGCCAAGGGUUAUACAGCCCAACUCGAACAAUUCUGUAAAGUCUUCGACUUCAAAAAGUUUGGCUUUAAGAGGUAA